GAAAAAUAAAUAAAUUGUCCUACAAAUUAAAAUGGGGAGGUCUCCUUGUUGUGAUGAAAAUGGGCUCAAAAAAGGACCAUGGACUACUGAAGAAGAUCAAUUACUUGUUGAUUAUAUUGACAAACAUGGCCAUGGAAGUUGGAGAGCCCUUCCUAAGCUUGCAGGACUUAAUAGGUGUGGCAAGAGCUGCAGGUUAAGAUGGACUAAUUAUUUGAGGCCUGAUAUUAAGAGAGGCAAAUUCUCUGAAGAAGAAGAAAACACAAUUCUUCAUCUCCAUUCCAUCCUAGGAAACAAAUGGUCCGCGAUCGCGACACAUUUAUCAGGAAGAACAGAUAAUGAGAUCAAGAAUUUUUGGAACACACAUUUAAAGAAGAAGCUAAUUCAAAUGGGAUAUGAUCCAAUGACUCACAGGCCAAGAACUGAUUUAUUUGCAAGCUUGCCUAAUAUAAUAGCUUUGGCAAAUUUACUUCAGCAUCAUCCACUUGAAGAUCAUGCUGUGAGAUUACAAGUUGAAGCUGCCCAAUUAGCUAAAAUUCAAUACUUACAAUUUCUAUUCCAAUCUUCAAAUAAUUAUAAUCCAAUGCCACCUACAACCUCAUCAAACACUACUCAAUAUUACAAUAAUAAUAAUACUCUUGGAGAUUUGGGGGCAUUUAAUUUUACAGAUUUUGUUAAAGAAAAUAGUGCCAGUGCCCCUUCUUUAAAUUUAUCCAAUCUUGAAAGUCAAUCACUUUUCUCCAAUGAAAAUAACUCUGGCUCUCAACUGCUCCACAAUCCAGAUCAUAAUACACAACAAGUCCCUUUCAAUUUUCAAACAAAUUUGAAUAAUAAUGACAUUAGUGAUGAUAUUAACUGUCACAAAUUUAAUUUUGAUCAUGAAAAUAAUUCACCAAGUUCCCCAUUGAAUAAUACUAAUAUUCUUCCUUCUCCACAUUCUUCAAGUCAUUUGCUACCUUUGACUGAAAUUUCAAUUAGCAAUAAUCAAGGAGAUUCCAGCAGUAAUUCAACUAACAAUGGUGCUGAUCAAGGGGCUUCUUCAUAUUGGCCAGAGCUAUUCUUUGAAGAACACUUCAUGCAUGACAUUUCUUGAUAUUUGCGCGAGGCUUGGAAAAAAAUAAAGUUUGAAGGCUUUUUGUAUAUUAGUACGUUUGGUUGUUGAUGAGCGAUAUAGAUGGUCAGGAUUAUUAUAAUAUAGGUUACUCAAUUCGCUUGCGAUUGAGGCGUAAUUAUUGUAAUUAUAUUAUUGAUCAUUGUUGAGAGGGUACACACACGUUCACAUUACGGUUCUU